GAGGCCUGCACCCACACGUUUCUCCAGCCCAGCCCCUGCCCGCCCGGACAGGGCCCCUGCUGCCUGUGGAUGAGCCAUCGGACCUCCUCCGCCUUCAGAGCGGAGAGGAGCUUCCGUUCCUCCUCUUCUUCCUCCUCCUCCUCCUCUUCUUCGGCCUCCCGUGCCCUUCCAGCCCAGGACCCACCCAUGGAGAAGGCCUUGAGCAUGUUUUCAGAGGACUUUGGCAGUUUCAUGCUGCCCCACUCGGAGCCCCUGACCUUCCCAGCCCGUCCCGGGGGACAAGGAAACAUCAAGACUCUCGGGGAUGCCUACGAGUUUACUGUGGACAUGAGAGACUUCUCCCCUGAAGACAUCAUUGUCACCACCUCCAACAACCACAUCGAGGUGCGGGCUGAGAAGCUGGCAGCUGAUGGCACAGUCAUGAACACCUUUGCUCACAAGUGCCAGCUACCAGAGGAUGUGGACCCUACGUCGGUGACCUCGGCCCUGAGGGAGGAUGGCAGCCUCACCAUUCGAGCACGUCGUCACCCACACACAGAACAUGUCCAGCAGACCUUCCGGACGGAGAUAAAAAUCUGAGGGUCUCCCCACCCCUGGCCUUCCCCCCAUCUCCUCCCCCACUGGCCUGCUGGUGAGGUCGCCAUGACCCCUGACAAUGCCCCCCCCAGAACAUCUCAGCCUAGGCCCCAGUCACUCCACACACUCUUAGGCCCCAGGUGGGUCACCCCUGUCCUCUCUACCCAAGGCAAUCCAGGGACCCGCUUACCCUCACCCAGAUAGGCCCUCCCUAUCUUAGUUUACAAUAGAGGGGCUGAGGUAGCCACUUGGGGAGCAACAUGAAGACGGAGUCCGUAACACAGGGUGGCAUCAAUGGCAUUUCUGCAGGGCAGGGGACCAGGGGCCCUCCCAGCAAGGGGAAUAUGAGAGACUGGCCACAAGCAGUGCUUCUGGCCCAUGCAGACUGCCUCAGGGAAGGCAGAGAGACAGCCAUGACUGUCACCUCCCUUGUAACUCUGGAAGCCUCAAACCCAGGGCUACCUGUCACCCUGAGCCUCUAACAACUACUUGUACCAGCAGGGACACCUGUACCUAGAUGGGGUUUAUUAGAAUGACACGAGGUUCCUAUCUCCAGCUGCUGGUGCAUGAGGCCAGAGCCCCAGCCUCCUGGGUGGCUCCCCCUGCAGAGAGGGUCCUCUGUGGAAGUGAGAGGGAAACCCAGGACUUGUACACACAAAUUCACACCCACACCAUUGUCCUAUCCCAUAAAUACCCAUCCCCAUUGGUUAGAGCCUAGUUCAAGGCAUUCUAAAAUCACACUUAGUUAGCAUCUCCGUUUCCGUCAAUGGAGACGUGUCGUCUCUGAGCCAGCCGGAUGCCCAGUUUUGUCUGUGAAGCCAGCGCUGCCUCAGGCGCCCUCAGCCUCUCACCUCUGUGCACUGGGGAGACGUCCCUCCAUUCUUGAGUCACAUGCCCUGCUUCACCCUAACUGCAGACGGCGGCCACAGGGAGAACCCCAAACCAGAUCCCUUCUGGCCCCUAAAUCCAGUGCAAAAACCCUUGUCAGCCUUAACCCUGGGGGACCUGGGCUCUGACUCAGACUCCACGUGUAAAAGCAGGUGUAAAAGGGGGAAGCUCACUGUUAGUUGGGGUCCCAGGCGCCUCUGGCUCCAGCAGUCUUGGGACCCUUCAGAUAGGGAGGGGAGGGGGGAGGGGUUCGUGGGAGACUAGUCUCUAUCACCUGUACACAAUAAAAGGACAGUAUGACAGAC